AUACAGAAUCACCCAGGGCUGUUUGUGUAGAAAGGUCUUUUCUGUUGUCAUGUAAAAAGCCGGCACCAAAACMUAGAAUCUUAACUCAAAUAUUAAGUCUUUAUGAUUAACGAAACAACAUCAUGGAAAAAUCAGGCAUUGGUAUAAAACUUAUUCGUACGAGAGGAGAAGAAUUAUUGGAGUCGUCCGAAGAGUUGAGUAAAAGCUCAACUGAACGCCGGGCAGCAAAGCUUGCUGAACUUAAUCCAAAUGUAUUAUCAUCUCUUGUUCAGCAUGGCAGACUCAAAGUCAGGACUUCAGCUGAACAGGCUGCAGCAAAACAAAAGGAACGGGAGAAAAAAAUGAAAAUAUAUAAUGAAGCUACACAGCGUGUCUUUACAAAGAGRAAGAAUGAUGAACAUGAUGAAGAAGCAUUACGCCUCACAGAACAGCUUCUUAGUUCCAACCCAGAUUUUGGGACCCUGUGGAAUUUCCGAAGAGAAACAUUUCUCAAACUCAAAGAUGAAAAUGGAUUUGAUGAAAAUCUAGAGAAGCUGUGUAAGAAUGAGCUGUCAUUUCUUCAAGGCUGUCUUAAAGUUAAUCCAAAAUCUUAUGGGGUUUGGCACCAUCGCCAAUGGAUUAAUGAAUUCCUACCCAAGGCUGACUGGAAAAAAGAGCUWCAGCUCUGUGAUUUAUUUCUUUCAUUUGAUGAAAGAAACUUUCACUGCUGGGACUAUCGCAGGAUCGUAGUAAAAAAGGCCAACAUUACAGCUGARGAGGAAUUCAAGUUUAGUACUGAUAAAAUUGUUGAAAAUUUUUCAAAUUAUUCAUCAUGGCAUUACCGUAGCAAGCUUCUUCCAUUGAUCCAUCCUGAUCCAAGUGGAAACCCAGAUCGGAUAGAAGAAAGUGCAUUAUUAAAAGAAUUUGAAUUGGCUCAAAAUGCUUUCUUCACGGACCCUAACGAUCAGAGUGCGUGGUUUUACCAUAGAUGGCUGCUGGGAAGAGCUCAAAUACCAAUGGAUAUCACUUGUAUGUACGUCAAGACAUUUCCUGGCCAUGUCACGUUACUUGUCCAAUUUUCACAGCCAAUCAAGGUGUCCGCGUGCAACACUGUUGUUAAAGUAAAUGAUGAAGAAAUCAAGGGAACGUGGAGAAAUGUUUUCUCUACAMACCAACCUUGUCAGAUUUGGAUAUGUAAUUUUUCUUUCGAAGAAAACAUUGAUUCUAUWAUAGUGACUGUACCAUUGAUGGAGAAUAAAUUGACAAGAAAGAUAUCUCUGGCAAAAGGACAAGAAGAAGCAUGGCUCAUGUCCAGCGACUGCCAUCUGUUAAGGGCAGAGUUAACAGCGAUACACAGUUCUUUACUAGAAAAUGAGCUCGAUUCAUGUAAAAUGUUGCUGGAAGAGGAACCAGAUAACAAAUGGACGAUCCUAACAAUAGUACUACUAAUGAGGGCUCUAGACCCUCUCGCAUACCAAGACAACACAGAGAACUACUUGAUCAAACUCUCCGAGAUAGAUCAGUGUAGAAGAGAAUACUAUCAUGAUCUUAGGAAGAAGUUUCGCUUAGAAAACGCCAUCGAGAACCACUGGAAACGAGGGACCACUAGUGACGACGAACUCGAACGAUCCAUCAACUUAUCAAACAUGGAACUUACCCAUCUGUAUCACAUACAUCAACUCAUGCUAAUGAGAGAAGUGGAUCUCUCUGGUAACAAACUGACAAGUUUAGACCAGUGUAACAUGCUACAAUGUGUUAAAGUUCUCAAAGCAAGCGAUAACAAGUUAACAUGCUUGUCCAAGAAACACGUUCUACGACUCGACGACUUGGAAGAAUUGGUCAUCAACAAUAACUAUAUUACGGAUGUGAAAGUGCUUGAUGUAUUAAAAAGCUUCCCUCGGUUGGCGAAACUCGAUUUGAGAGGAAAUAAAGUCUGCGGUCUUCCAGACUAUCGAACGAAAAUCAAAACACUCUGCCCUACGCUUAAAGUUCUUGAUAAUGAAAUUCUGAACAUUUAAAAAAUGUCUAGAUUCGUAGGAAAUAAUGACUAGAGAAGUUGUAAAAGGCAAUAUUSACCGACUCCUGGAGAGAGUGUAUAGAAAUUAUUCAUAGACGAUAUAAAGAAAUGCUUAAUAUUCUAGAAUAUCGCUUAGGAGUAGGUGCUUGAGACGAACCAAAGAAUKACUUCUAAUCCCUCUAAAAGUGUAUAUCAAACUCCAUUCGUAAGUCUGUAUUUCAUUCCUAAUUCCCSUUUAUCUUUCGUAGAAUAAUGAAUUAUUGCUAAAUAUAUCAGUCGGUGAUUGCUUUACAAUAAUUAAGGUUCAAUUUUUUGCUUUCGAAUGUAAGAAGUCAAGUGCCGAAAAUUGAUUGAAAGCAAAAUUCAAAGGCUUUUUGGUUAAAAGCUUCGGCGAGCUCAAUGAAAGUAUCGGAGGUUUCUUUUACUGUUUAUUUAAGACGGUAACAUCAAUUAUUUAAGAUCUACAUACUGUUAAAAAUAUACAUACAUAUUCAUGUUUUAAACUUGAUAAAUGUCGGGAAUAUAAGCGAGUUAAGACGGAGGUAAAACCAAGCAACUCAUGUUUUUUUCCGCUCUUUUUAAGUCGCCGGAUUAGUUUUACAAUACGUCUUACUUUGCCACCAUAGUCCCGUUUCUUAGAUCUCUUAUCUUUUCAAUAAUUUAGUUUUUGUAGCAACCACAACAACAGUUUAUUUACCUUGAAGGAAUUAUUUYGGCACCUGACUUAUUUGGCUCAUUUGCCUCAUAGUUCAUCUUGUUUUACAAGCAAGUAACGACCAGUUUUGAAUACAAAGUUCGAGCAGACAAUUUUGACAUAUUUCAUUUUUAAACCGAAAGGUUUCUUAAACUGUCAAACUCAGUUGCUUUUAUCGUGCAGGAAGCACUUUGUCUUUAUUCUUUCAUCACAGGCUGCAGUUUCUUCCUUUCGUGAGAUUUGCUUGAUUUUUUGAGAACAAUUUAUAACUUCGUCAUCCGUUUUUGGUUCUUGAAGGCUAGCUUAUUUCAUUAAUUGAAUUCUCCACACAAAAUGAGCUUCCUUUGYUCACUGUUCAACCUUAUUUUAUGAAGCCAAUUUUUUUUUCUUUUUUUUCCGCACGGAAAAGAAUAAUAUUACGAAAGUAAUGAAUUCAUGCCCUCGAGUUGUUGACAAAUAAUCGCAAUUCACGUAAAUCUUGGAGGAUUUGUUUAAUUUUGGCGUUGUUUUGGUCUUGGCUCGUCUUGAUGUCCUGGUUGAUCUUUAGCAAGUAAAUUAUAACACUUCCCARUACGGCUGUAUACACAACAAUCAUUACAAACGUUGUGAAAAGGAUAGUAUAAGACUUUUUCGAACCUCCUUCAACGUGCAUAGUUGGAAUGGCCGUGUUGUCCAUCUUGUCGUCGUCAACGAUUUAUUAUUCGCUUCAGAAUGGCGUCUCAAGAAAAUUUAUAACAAGAUAAUARUGAAACCAAACUCUUGGCUGAGCUUAUUCAGGGACAAUGCAAUCCUUUCUGGUCUAUAAUAUGGCCAUUUGCUCUGGAAGUUCAAUGACUUAUAUUCGUCACUUAGGAAUAACUUAGUUGACUAACAAGAAAAGUCAAAUAUGUACCCAAGUUGCAACACUCUGACCGAUUGUCCUCAUGAAACAAUGAAUAUUAUAUACUUUUUUUUUUCAAAAUUCUCUCUUGGUAAGUUUUUCUGCAGUAUCCAUGAUUUCCAAGGCGAUAAAUUGUCCGCGAGUUUCAAUUCUAUGAAGAGUGAGUUCUUUUUUGUUAUUCAUCUUUUUAUCAACGACAGCCCAAUUAAAAAAGUGAGAUAACGA